CACACACACUCCGACACACUGCCCUACUUUCUCAGGGUGAGUGCACAGAGGAUCCUGUGCUCUCUGUUCACGGGUCGCGACACAACAAUAACACAUAGACAGAUAAACACGCGCAGACGAGCAAUCGCGUGGUAUAAGUAAAACGAGUCAAAGUGAAGGCAAACUGACUUUAAUAAGACGAAGGAGAAGCGUCCAUGUCCCCGGUCGACGUGGGUGUACCACGCUUCUCCUGCACGCGAAGCGGUGGUUGGAGACGCGGGUCCAUGUUUUCCUCCGCUCACGUGUACCGGCUGCUCGGCAGCGCCCGUCAAGCUGUCGCUAAGUCCGCGAGCCGAGCUUAUUAUGGGAGCUGCGCCUGCUGUGUCCUAUAUCAGCAACGGCCAGCCUUUCUCCAGUCAUCCCCAGCCAUGGUGCCGAGUGAACGCUGUCUACUCCACCGGCAGGCCACGACACCGAGAGGAAGGCGCUUUUCAAGCCGUUAACUGUGCUGAUUUGUUGCAGAAUGAAACAAGGAAGGACAGGUCUCAAAUCAAAGUGCCAAACCUUCCCCUCCUACAAGGAGAGGGCUAAGAGACAGAAGCGGGGGGCGUCCAGCUUCGCCCUGUCUCCAUCAGAGGACUGGGGUAACCUGCCCCACCACGUCGUCCUGCAAAUCUUCCAGCAUCUGUCCCUCAUAGACCGGGCCAGGGCCUCCUCGGUGUGCCGGCGCUGGAAUGACGUCUUUCACACCCCCGACCUGUGGAGGAGAUUUGAGUUUGAGCUCAAUCAGCCAGCCACAUCUUACCUGCGCUCCACGCACCCUGACCUCAUUCAGCAGAUCAUCAAGAAACACGCCCAGCACCUGCAGUACGUUAGCUUCAAGGUGGACAGCUGCAUAGAAUCUGCAGAGGCAGCCUGUGACAUUCUCUCCCAGCUGGUGAACUGUACCAUUAAGACCCUGGGGCUGAUUUCCACCGCACGGCCGAGCUUCAUGGAUGUGUCUCAGGCCCACUUUGUGUCUGCACUGACAGUGGUGUUUGUCAACUCCAAAUCCCUGUCCUCUAUCAAGAUUGAUGACACCCCAGUGGAUGACCCUUCGCUGAGGGUGCUGGUUGCCAACAACAGCGACACCCUUAAGUUGCUGAAGAUGAGCAGCUGUCCUCAUGUCUCCCCAGCAGGUAUCCUGUGUGUGGCAGACCACUGCCAUGGUCUCAGGGAGCUGGCACUGAACUACCACCUCCUGAGUGAUGAGCUCCUGCUUUCCCUCUCCUCUGAAAAACACGUCCACCUGGAGCACCUGCGCAUUGACGUGGCGAGUGAAAACCCAGGCCAGACACACUUUCACACCAUCAAGAGGAGCAGCUGGGAGGCUUUGGUCCGACACUCGCCCAAGGUCAACAUCGUCAUGUACUUCUUCCUCUAUGAGGAGGAGUUUGAGCCCUUCUUCCGUGAGGAGACUCCUGUCACCCACCUGUACUUUGGCCGGACGGUUAGCAAAGAGAUGCUGGGCCGCAUCGGACUGAACUGCCCUCGGCUGGUGGAGCUGGUGGUGUGCGCCAAUGGCCUCGAGCCCCUGGAUGAGGAGUUGAUCCGUAUCGCCGAGCGCUGCAAAAGCUUGACGGCCAUCGGGCUAGGCGAGUGUGAAGUGACCUGCAGUGGCUUUGUGGAGUUUGUGAAGAUGUGCGGGGGCAGGCUGACUCAGCUGUCGAUCAUGGAGGAGGUGCUGAUCCCGGACAGCAGCUACAACAUGGAGCAGAUCCACAGCGAAGUGUCCAAGCACCUGGGCCGCCUGUGGUUCCCUGAUAUGAUGCCCACCUGGUAGGCUGAAGCCAGAGAGGAUGGCCUGUUAAUGAAGUACAUGACUUAUAUGGACACUUACUGUAUGAGGAGUACAUGAGUCAGUUUAACAGAGUGUGUCCACAGUUACACAUUUACUGUUCUUGGCUGGUUUACCAGAAGAUGGGUCAUUUCUAAAGCUGUCCCCUGUAUUUUACCUGCUGUGAAUUUGAUGUAAGACUAACAACAUCCUCUGAAUUUUUUCUUUUUUUCGCUUAAAAACAUUGGCAUUUCUGUCUGGCUGUCUUGUGAGCACUCAUCUUUCUUUCUAUGCAUAGAUAUUGUGAUAUGAAAUGUGGGAUGUAUUAGUUUCUUUCAGUUUGUGGAGGAUGGUCUGAAUUUACAGUCACUCACUGCAACCUUUCAACCGUUGUGUGUAAAGGACGUGGAUCUGCCAUCUGCUGGUUGCUUAUGUUAAAGGCAACACCAUUUUUUUCAUUUAUCUUGAACGCCAUCUCGUCCCCGGUCUGUGGUAAAAUAAUAUUCUUUACUCAAUUAAAACUGAAUCCCAGGAUUCAGUUUGAGACAGGGUCCCCCGCCUGGGCACGGCGCAUCCAGCCGUUGGUAGAGAGAGCAUUAACAGUAAUGUCGCACACAAGAGUCACACCUCCAUGUAAAAAACACCGGGCACUUUUGUGUUCCUAUCUAUUUAUGUUUGUGUCAGUGGAGACUUUAAUAUUUUAUCCCAAACUACAACAUUUUAAUUCAGUUUUCAAUGGCUGAGGGUCAGUUCAAAUAUAUAAAAUCUGUUAUUUAAUUUAAAGGCUUUAAAUUGUGUUACAACAUAUUGAACUUGGUUUUAGACAUUAAACCAGUUAUACUGAUUGAUCUCUGUCAGGUCAGGGCAGAAAACCAUCAGUUUCAUUUUCAUUUUCUUUUUUUUUUCACUACUGAAAUCGAUUUUUAUCUCCAUUCAAAUUGGCACUUAAAGCUCAUGUUCUAUGCUUAAUGUCUGUAGUUAAUGAGACUAUAGUCAUUUACAUCAAACUCCAUUGUCAGCCUCUUAAUGUGUCUAGUAAUCCUCCAGAAUGAGAUAAAACACAAUUAAACAACAAAAUUAAUCCCGUAAUACAAUGACCAUCACCUACACAGUAGUUAGUAAAAAGUGUUAAAAGUGGGAUUUUUAAAUGUCUUUUUAUACAUUCUGUUGUUACAGGUUGUUAUCCAAAAUAUGCAGGACAUGAAAAAAAUAUAUUUUGACAUUUAUUUAAGUUUUUUUUCAUGCUUUUUUUAAAAAUUAUUUCAGUUGUACUUUUUUAUUAUAGACGGUUAUACCUGUUCUUCUAGGAGCACUGGCUAAUACAGAUGAAGGUUCUGAGACCAGGAGUCUUUACUGUGAUCAAACAAAACAGGCCAGUAGUUUCCAGUGCUACACUGUUUCACAUGAAACAUUAAAACAACUGUAAAGGUUUGCCUUGUAUUUGAUCAUUUAUCAAUUAAAUGUAAAAUAUCUAUCACAUCUGUUUAGAAGGUUUUCAUGUAUGUGCAGCAGUGGCAGGCUUGCUCAGGUCUGCUUCAGUGUAACGGCUUUUUCCUUUACUCAUGCUGCACUAACU